CCCUCAUAUACAUACAACGUACAUCUUGGGAAAUUUUAUACAUUUAUGUAUAUAAUAUGCAUAAAACCAAAAAAACAAUAGCAUAAAAACAAACUGUGCUUGAGAGCCCCCUCCUUCACCAAAUUGUGGUGGACAUCUCAUUCCUCCCUCCCUCUCUCUCUGUGUCUCUACUUGCUUAAACUGGCAAAAAUUUGGACUCCGUCAGAUUCAAAAUCGAUAAAUUUUCAAUCGAAAAACGUCGUUUAAGUUCACCUCCUGUCAAAGUUUACGUCGCAAGCAAUCCAAAUCCAACACAUAUUUAUCGAUUGCACAAAUAUUUAGCGACAGAGAGGCUAACCGAUCGGAUUAGUAAUGCUGGCUGUGUCGCCGCUGAGGAACCCUAGGAAUGAAAGGGAAGGCGAAAUGGAAGCCUUCUCGAUCGACGAGAGCGAGUUUCCAGAUUUCUCCGGCGGAAAUCUGCUCGACAGCAUUGAUUUCGACGAUCUCUUCCUCGGAAUCAGCGACGGCGACGUUCUGCCGGAUUUGGAGAUGGAUCCGGAGCUCCUCGCGGAGUUUUCCGCCAGCGCGAGCGAGGAAUCGGAGGUGAAGACGACGACGAUCGACAAAUCGGACGACGAGAACACCUCGGAGAAUCAGCAGCAGGAGAUGAUAACUCCUCCUCCGGCGACGGCGAAGGCGGAGGAGGAAGCUGUGAUGAAUAUUGAUAAACCGUCGCCGAAGGAGACUGAGAGAGGAAGGAAAUCAAUCUCUCAAUCCAAAAACGGGAAGAGGAAAGUUAAGGUGGAUUGGACGCCGGAGCUUCACCGGAGAUUCGUGCAGGCGGUGGAGCAGCUCGGUGUUGACAAAGCCGUUCCUUCGAGAAUUCUUGAGCUCAUGGGAAUCGAUUGUCUCACUCGACACAAUAUUGCUAGCCAUCUUCAAAAAUACCGGUCCCACCGGAAGCACUUGCUAGCCCGGGAAGCCGAGGCAGCGAGCUGGAGCCAGAGGCGGCAGGUGUACGCUGCCGCCUCGGCUGGCGGGAAGAGAGAGCAUGUAAGCCCUUGGAUUGCACCAACGAUGGGGUUUCCGCCGGUGUCUCCAAUGCCUCAUUUUAGACCCCUACAUGUGUGGGGUCACCCAUCCCUCGACCAAUCAGGAAUGCCCAUGUGGCCAAAGCAUCUAACCCCUCCACCGCCGCAGCAUGGCUGGCAUCCAGCUCCGCCGCCGCCGGCUGACCAUCCGUUUUGGCUACCCCACCACCACAACCAUGUGCCUACUCAGGGUACGCCUUGCUUCCCGCCGCAUCUACAGCCCACGAGGUUUCCACCUCCGGCGGUUGCAGGCAUACCGCCGCCUCCUGCCAUGUACAAAGUGGAGCAGGGCGGCAUCGGCAGCCCGAUGCCUCCAUCGGGGCAAACACUUCCGCAACCCCCUUCCGACAUUCAUCCGUCGAAGGAGAGCGUGGACGCGGCGAUAGGAGACGUGCUGUCGAAGCCGUGGCUGCCGCUGCCGCUGGGGCUGAAGCCGCCGUCCGUGGACAGUGUGGUGGUGGAGCUGCAGCGGCAAGGGGUGCCCAAAGUGCCACCUGCUUGCGGCUGAGCUCCGCCGCCAAAACCAAUUCGACGACAUUUCAACAACUCUCUCUUUUUUUUCUGAAUUAAUUGUUCUUACUUCUUGCUUUGUGUACAAGAUGAGGAUGGUGAAGCUUUGGACUUGAUUAACUUUUUGUAAUGUGAAUUAUCUUAUGAUCAUCAUAAAUAUAUAGAGUCUUACACGGA